CAUUGUUCCGUAUCCACUGACAUGACUUGACAUUGUUGGUUUUGACCCUGUAGACAUUGUGCACCCUAACGCGUUCAGACCGCACCUUGGGACUCCGCUUUCUCCGACAAGAGGCACCACGAGCACAGUGCACCUGUGCACGGACGAACUGCCAUGAAACUCUUUCAAUCGCCUGUGGGGAGGCCAAAUGCACUAUCGAGCCCAAGACCACCUGCGUCUGCACCCGGAAACCAGUCGGAGUCCUUCGCGAGUUCGUUCUGCCGUUUUCACGACGUGCUGUCCCAGAGCUCUCAACAACCCGUACAACAGCGACAGCACGAUGACUUGAGCCUGCACAUGAUUCAGCCCAUCAGAACCACAUCCUGCAGCGCCACUGCUGUCGCCUCGGCACUUCUCUCAGAUGUGGCUGCCCCUUCUGCCAUCACGGCUGCCACCUCCUUCGCCUCGUCCUCCAGCCCCUCCACUGCCGCUGUCCGCUGCGUGCUGCUGGGCUGGUUGUCCGAGGUGGCUGACUGGCUGCAGCUGGGCGGCCCCACCCUGGUGGCGGGGGUGAGGCUGCUGGACGCCUUCCUGGAGAGACAGUCCCUGCGCCCGCCCGACUCGCUGCUGCAGCUGCUGGCGCUCACGUGCCUGGCGGAGGCCACCCGCGCAGGGGAGCCGCACAUCCGGCCCAGCCUGCACGAGUGGGCCAGUCUGGCGGUCAACCCGGCCACCGGGGAGCCGCUGUACGAGGUGUUUGAUUUUAUUCGCAUGGAACGGCUGGUUCUCGAGGCGCUUCGUACUCCCGACGACGGAAACUCCGCUACCGCCACUAACAACAACAUCAACAACAACAACGCGACCAUGGUGAUCUCAACCUCCUUCGGGCCCGGUCAAGGCCCUAACGACUCUCCUUGACGCCGCCGCCUUGCAGCACAUUCGUUGGCUGCUAUCAGCUUCCGGGGCGAUGCAAGAUUUACUCUCCCAGACAUUACCCGUGGGCCGCUUGGUUUCUCAACAGAGUAGACAGGCAGGCAGGUGCAUUGCCUGCUUUUGAACUCCCCUUACCUCAUGAGACCUUGAUUGCCUACAAGAGUAUCAACAACAAUCUUUGGACGUUUGCCCUAUUUGCUUGGCAGUGACAGUUCUUUGACAUCAGGGCGUACGAUUUGAAUUUGAUUGUACCCUUUUUGCACUCUUAACUGUACGGAUCAACCGGAUUGCGGUCUUCGCAAACGAAACGCAUGUUCGAGGCUCCCAGUGUUGGCAGGUCAGUUACAGUCAAUUGCAGUGCCGUGCCCUGCUUCGAAUCGACCUAGCAUGCCUGCAUGCAUGCAUGAGGGAUGCACCGGAGGAAGAGGAAGCGACAGUAGCACUUCGUUCGCGUCAUCAAUGUAGCUCUGCUUUUAUUUAUAAAGGUUUGGUUCUACUAGUGCUGCCAAAUUGGGCAGUUGGAGGAUGCCAGGAAGGGGCGUAUGUGUUGCAUGGACUAUGAGCAAUGGAAGCGUUUAUUCGUUUUGCAAUGCGAGAUGGAAAGUGCAUUGAGAGGUUGCCAUCGGAUUGCAUGGAUUGCAUGCAUGGCUUCGUCUGGCGGGUGUCUAGUGGUUGAUUUGGAUUUGGUUUCGAAAUGUUCUCUUCAAGAAUCCUGGAGCAUGUUGCACGGAAGGGCAGCGGUGGACACUUCCGCUGCCCUGCAUGCAUGUUGCUUGUCUGACAAGGACAGGUACAUCACUAUUUACCCCGUUACGCUCUUCGUACGUUGUAUUUUCCCUUGGGAGUUUCACUUGGGCAUGGUCCCACAUGAUAUUACUUGUUAGUUUAGAAGUUGCAGAUCAGCAGGGUGCAUGUGUUGGAAACCGAAGGCAUCUUAUGCGAUUUCAAUAAUAAGCGUGCGUGUUUUCAUUGGCUUGACCCACGGGUCAUUUCACCCCUCUCAGACCAUUUCGCACAAGACGAGCGGCGAUCGCCUUGUUUCCUUAAUCUACCUUGUUACUCUUUAACCCCCAGUGUUUGGUUUAACUAGUUUGGUUUGCUAUGGUUCCAUUAUUAUAUUAAUAACGUGGCUCAACUUGUUUGGCUAGUGUAUGUGCUUGUCGUUUUCGUUCAGCUUUACUAGUAACAGCUUUCGUUAGGUAGUUACCAGUCCUGGGUUGACUGGGCGGCUGCAUCUUUUGCCGCACGCUUUUCCGUCAAUGACUGUUGCUUGGGAUGUAUAUAAUAUGCCGUGGCAGUAGAUCCGGAACAUGCCAUGAACGUGUAACGUUUAGUAGAAGUCA